AUUUUAUAGUUCCAGUCCAGCUCGUUGAGCAAAUCAACGAUCUGUAUACAUUCGUUAGACAUCUUGAAUCAAAUAGAAAUUUGUUAUAUGUGCAAUAUUUUCAGUAAAUUUACAAAUAAGCAUCAAAGUUAUUGUGGAAGCUCGCAAUUUUAAAUGACCCUCCCAACAGAGCUGCCCACUUUUAUGUAUAUAGCGGGCGUUGCCAGAUGCCAGCAGCUCGGUUUUGUUGAUUAUUGUGUUGAGCCAGAGCAAAAAGGAAACACCGAUAAAAGGAGAGAACUGCGAAAUCCGGAAGUCCCUGUCCUGAGGCGCAAUUUCCCCCAGCAAGGACAUGGCCAGCAGCAAGGAGUUGUGCUCCAUCCGGGAGUGGGCGCCGCUCACGGAGGUCAUCGAGCGGAUUCCGGCGCGCCUGCAGCGCGGAUUCUUUCCGGCGAAUCUCAACCUGACCUGUGUGGAUGCCACCGAGGAGUUCCUGGCCAUGGGCAGCGACGCGGGCAUCGUGUUCUGGUAUAAUCGCCGCACGGGAGAGAUGCAGAAGCUAAAGGCGGAGGUGGCCACUCGGAUAACGUGCGUGCGGGUUGUCAACUCCGUGGAGUACAUGGUUGCGGCUGGGUGCGCCAACGGGCAGGUGAGCAUCUUCCAGAUACAGAAGGAGCUGCCACGGGACCUCGAUUUGGUGGCUCCUUGCACCAAGAGUCGGCCUAUUGAGCGGUACACUAUCCGGGAUCUGCACAAGUGUGUGAUCAGCUGCUGCGAGUGGUCCAAAAACGGGAUGAAGCUCUACUCCGGCGAUCGCCAGGGAGUGGUGGUGCUCACGGAGCUUGAUUACCAGGCGCACCUCAGCAAGUCGGUGGAGAUCCUGAGCGAGGCAUACGAGAUCGUACAGCUUAGCGUGCGGCAGAGCCACCUACUGGUGGCCACCCUUUACCGUUGCAUCGUAUGCCAGCUGGACGCUCAAACCUCGCAGUGGAACAUCACCCAGGUGGGAAAGAAGGAUCGCAAGCAGCUCAUCGACUGCGGGGCCAUCUUUCUGAAGAAGCAGGAAGCAAAUAAGCCGCAACUAGUCUGCGGACGUCCUGGCCUGCGCUUCUGGGUUGCAGACGCCGCAGGAAAUGUCUCCAAAACAGUGCUAUUCCGAGAUGCCGUUCUGCGCAGUCCCACCUGGGAAAUACCUAUUCUGAAUCCCAAGCAGCGCAGUGAGCCGUCCAGUACCCACCACACCACUGCGUCCACAUCUUCGACUAGACCUUCUGGACUAGCAGAUGGCGAUGCAGGCUACGUGGCCAGCAGCAACUUCCGGCAACUAUAUCUCUACGAUGGCCACGACUCACUACUGGUAACACACGACGAUGCAACUCUGUACAUACUCAACUUGGAGCGACUCAAAGUAGAAGCCGUUGCGCGAGGAUUCCGGAAGAUCCUUGAUUUCUGCGUCUGUGGCAAAGAGAUCUUCGUGCUGGAGGGCAAUCGAACAUUGCUGCGUCUAGCUCCGUUGCCGGAACCACCAAACAAAACGGCCAAAGUCAUCUUCAAUCCCCUGAUGCCGCCUCCAGUUCCGGUUCUAGGAUCGCACCUAUCACAAUUGGAGUCGCCGAUGGAGCUUCAUGCGGAGCCCGUUCUUCAAAACGCAGAGGAGUGUUUCGAGCUUUCACCGGGGGAGCAACUGAACCUGAAUGUGCCCAUCGAAAUAGCUGUGGAGUCGCCACUGACUCAACAAAAUCGCCGCUUGGAUAUCUUCCGCCGCAUCGGAGAAAUGGACUUCGAGCAGUCCAUUGUUCACACCACCCGCAAGACAUCCGUAGGCAAACCGCCCGAGGCCAGUGGUGUGGGAAUUGUUGAGAUUGGCCAUGAGACUCAUGAGCUUCGGCUGCCGCUUACCAAUGCCGCCACUCUAAUGGAGGCGAGCUACUGCCAAAUGGAGAACAAUGGUCUGGCCUCUCCGCUGGACAUGAAGACAGCCUUCCUUCAGCAUCUGCCCGAUGCGCUAAGUCCCACCACCUUGCAGAAGACCGUUGCGGAAAAGGCUAAGACCCUGGCCGCCGAGCUAGAUCUGCCCGAGGUGCAUCUAGCCCCGUUAUCGCAGGAGGAGCUUCAUGCUGUCCAGGCUCAGACCCCCCAACUAAGCGAACCGCUGAUCAGGUGCUAUCCCACGCACCUGGAAGAGGCCAGUGUCCAAACGAGUUCGCGGGAAAAUCCAACCAACCCAGCAGAUGAUUAUCAUGUAGGCGAGCCCGUAGACGGGAUACGGUCAUUUGGCGUCUCCAAGCGUAAGAUGGCUCCGCUUAAGUUCGUCAUGAGCCAGCCAAAGCCGACUCUGAAGUUGGAAGAGAACAGGGAUGAGGAGGAGUACACCAGCUUCCUACCCGACUUUAGGCGGGCUGGCGAUCCACUGGCGAGCCACAAGGAAACGCCAGCCACCAGUGACUCAAACACCUCCAGCGAGUGGGAGUUUUUGGACAACUAGUUCAGUAUUAGAAUUAAGUGCAUACUCAUUCGAUUCCAUUUGCAUUUUCGCACUUUAUUCUCCUUGUUUCUAUGUUUGCAAAAGUGUUGUGUUUAUCAGAUUGUGAUCACCGUGAUUUAGUUACUCUUUUUAGUGAAAUUUACAUAAGUGUACAUAAUGUUAGACGUAUCGUAUACUGACCCCACCAGUAUCUACAUAAAUACAUAUAUUUCAAGUUCGAAAGCAACCCAACCAUUCUUUAACACUUGCUGAUCCCAAAAAUUGUAUCGUUUAGCACCUAAGCACCAGUGUAAAAUAUUAGCCUUUAUUUGAUGUUAUUGUACGCUUGUUUAAGAUAUUCGAAUACUUUAAGUAUUUGCUACUCAAGUUCAAGGUCGCUUUGCAAUCACGAAAUACAUUUAUUUGAUACAAGUGCAAACAUUUCGUCCAAAGGGUGUCCCCCCAGCAGGAAAUGGAUACGGACUGAUACCGCGUACUUGGUCGUUGCUUUUUUUCUGGAACUACGUGUCAGACUUGAGCCGGCGAUAGAGUUGCAUGUGAGGGAAACGAGACGCCCACGCCCACACCCACUGCAGCAUGUGCCCGGUGCCCGGUCUGCUGAUUGCUCCAGCGUAGCAAUUCGGUAUGGAACCUUCUUGAUCUGCAGUGCAAACGGACCGGCCCACUGCAUUGAUUGAUCAACAAAUAGUAAUUCGAGCUCCCUUCGCACUCAAUUGGCUGCAAUAAUGGAAAGUUUUGAGAAGUUUCGCUUACAUCUGGCUUCCAGAAGAUUCGACGAAGCCUUCUGCCUGCUCUCACGGGAAGACUCAGCUAAAUGGUACCGGAAAAUUGAAUUCUACUCAUGCAUGUAUGCAGUUCCAAUCGAACAGAUGGUAAUGAGAUUUUUUGAAAUUGCUUAUAAUUAUGAUGAUGUUAUGAUGUAAGGAGGCUAAGGGAGCUUUUAGGGCUAAUGGAGGACAUUCAUAUCCGUACCCCAUCGGUCAGUAAAGAAUUGUAUCUAUGUAUAAAUAUAAAAUAUAAAAUCAAGAGAGAA